AUGAGCACUCGAGACGUGGGUAGCGGUCAGUGCAGGAUCACCUUCCCCCACCUCCCCACUUUCCCUCUCUUUCUCCUCGAGUUUUCUUUUCCCCUUGCUUGCAAUCUCCAGGCGUUCAUCAACCCCAUCGGCGGCCACCGCAAGGCGCUCAAGACGUGGGCAGCGGUGAAGCCCGUGUUUGAUCGGGCGGGAGUGGCGGUUACUGAGGUGGUCACGCAGCGGCAGAACCACGCUUUUGAUGCCGUGUAUGGGGCGACUGAUGAGGAGAUCUCAGCCGUUGAUGGCAUUCUGGUUGUGGGAGGCGAUGGCCUGUUCAACGAGGUGCUGAACGGGCUGGCCAAGAGGCGACACCACGCCCCCCCCUGCAUCCACCCUUCUCGCCUCUCCUCUGCACGCCUCUCCCUCCCUCCCUCCUCCCAUCUCUCUUCCACACCACCCCCACUCGCCUCCUCUGGUUCCCCUGCUGCUCUCUCGUCUGCCGCUCCGUCCUCUGUCAAGUCAUCCCCACCCACGUCAGCUUCUCACUCUCUCACCUCUCUGUCUCCCUUUCGCACCGCAUGCACACUUGGGUCACCGCUUGCCAGCCCACUCCCCAGCCGGCCAAUGCUCCUCAAUCCUCCCAAUACCCACACUCCUACCAAUACCACUCCGCCCAUUACCCACAUUCCUCCCCACACCAGUGUGACAGGAUCUCGAGACCCUACGACUGCAGCGCUGCACGUGGUUCUGGGCCAUCGCAUGCCUCUGGAUGUGGCGAGAAUCACUACGUGGAAGGAAGAGGAGCAGGCGGGGAAGCAAGGCGAGCAGUCAGAGGAGGAGAAAGAGGAAGAGGGGCAACGGAAAGAGGGGGAGCAGGCAGAGACGGGUGGAGAGAUUGGGGGCAGUGGAGGCAGGGAGGAGGGGGGCGAAGGAGAAGCGGAGCUUGUGAGGGAGGGGUUUGCGGGUGGAGAUGGAAGAGAGAAGGCUGGGGGAGCUGGGAGCGAAACAGAAGGGGCUAAGGCAAAGACAGAAGAAGAGGAGGAGGAUGAGGGUGUGGAGGUCCGCUAUGCUGCCUCUUUCUUUGGCUAUGGAUUCUACGGCGAUGUGAUUCGGCGAAGCGAGGGGCUCAGAUGGAUGGGGCCGGCGCGGUACGACUAUGCUGGGCUCAUGACAUACCUGCACCACAGAUCGUACGAUGCUGAGGUGUCCUACUUUGACGUGCACCCCUCUGCUGGUCCAGCCCCAAGACCUGCAAUCCAAGCGUCCCCUGUCCAAGCAGCAGGGUUGGAAGCAUCUCCAUCCACUGCAGCAGAGUCGGACGCAUCUGCAGUCCAAGCAGCAGCAACGUUGGGAGAAUCCCCAUCCCAGGGCGUUCUCGCGCCCCCUCUGCUGGCAGCAGCAUCACCACUGGAAGCGGGGCCUGUGAGGGGUUUAGAGAGGAGCUUCACUGAUCAGCUCCCUAGAACGCAUGGUCUGGAUGAUGAUGACGAGGAGGAAGAGGAGGAGGUUGGGGAGGUGGAGGACGGGGAGGAGAAGGUGGGAGAGGAGGUGGUGGAGGAGGACGGAGGGGUGGGAGGAGAAGGGAAAGGAGAGGUAGAAGGGGGUGGAGAGGGGAAGGUAUUGGGUGGAGGGGACGGAGAGGGGAAGGGAGAGGGGGAAGGGAUGCCACUGCAGGCUGUGGAGUGGAACGGAAGGCUGCGGCGGCGCACCUUCAGCAGCCCCAUGCUGGUGAAGACACGCAGCACUGACCUCUCCCAACUCGCACGCGCCUCCCACAGCCUCCUCACACUCGACACCUCAUCACUCGACCUGGCCCAGAUCUCUCACAGUCAAUCGGGUGCUGCCACGUCAGCACCUGUGGGUGUAGCUGAGCAAGAGGGGUUAUUGCAGAAAGGAGGGCAGAGUGGAGAGGGUGUGUGUGCAGUGGGGGGGAUGGAGAAGCAGAGUGAGGGGCUGAGGCCCUGUUGGAGGACGGUGCGAGGAAAGUUCCACAGCGUGGGGGCGGCAGUGAUGUCUUGUCGAAACGACAAGGCGCCAGAUGGCGUCGCGGCACAGGCCCACCUGGCGGACGGCAAUCUACAUCUCAUCCUGAUCCGCAAGUGCUCGCGCCCCGAGUACCUCCAUCAGCUGACUCGCCUAGCCCGCAAAGGGGCCGACCCAUUCGCCUUUGAAUUUGUGGAGACAUACAAGACCCCCGCCUUCAUGUUCACAUCUCACGGGAAGCAAAGCACGUGGAAUGUGGAUGGGGAGUUGGUGGUCGCCUCGCAGCUCUCUGCUCAAGUCUUCCGCGGAUUAGUCGACAUAUUUGCAUCUGGACCCGAGUUUUGA